AUGACUGUGAAGCCGUGGCGAACUUCGAGCGGAGGCGGGUCCAAGAAGGGCCGCUUCACCGUCGACGGCGGCGGCACGAUGAGUCCGCAGGCGACCGCGAUUCCCACCAACAUUAAUGGCAACCGGAGCAACAACUCGUCUCAGUUUGCGGCCUCGCCCUCCCAGUCGCAGCAGCAGGGCUGGCCGCUUCAGCAGCAGCAGCGGUACGACAGCUUUGCCAGUGCAGACUCCUUCCUUGCGGAUAUGACAUCGCCGUCGGAUGUCGCCUCUGUCCUAGGCACGUCUGCCAACUCGUUUACGCCCAACGCCCAAAGCUUUGCCGCACAGUACGCGGCCGCCCGCCAGCACCGGGGCUCAGUGCCUAACAAUGACACGCCACAGUCGCCCUGGCCACUCAACGGUGACCAGCAGCCGCAGUUUGAGGUUCCAGGCCUUGACCAGAACUGGAACACGCAGCAGCGUCAGACUGAGAACUUGAACCCGACAAGCAAUGCUUCCUCCUAUGACGGCGAUCACAACCUGCUCGCCAACCUUGCGGAAUUGUUGAACCAGCAGCAACAGCAGCAGCACCAGCAUCAGCAGCAACAGCAGCAACGCCAGCAGCAGCAGCAGAACCAGCGACGGCUACAGCAGCAAGCUCAGCAGCAGCAACAGCAGCAGCAGGCGAACAACCUCGCUGGCAACUCGCCGCUGCCGAUGAACCUCGUCGCGGCGCUGACGAUGGCGAUGCAGGCGACUCAGCAGCAGCAGAACCAUCCCUCGCCCCAGCAGCCGUCCGCGCCUUCCCCGAUGCAGCAGCCGAUGCUCCAGGCGGCCGCGAGCCAGUCACUAGCCCAGCUGCUCAUCCAGGCCCAGCAGACCCAGCAGCAGCAACAGCAACAGGCGAAGCAGGCCCAGGAGCAGGCCCAGCAGGCCCAGCAGCUUAUCAUGCAACUGUUGCAGGGCCAGCUUGCUCCUCCUGCUCAGUCUCCUCAGUCGUCGUCCUCCCAGCAGCAGCAGCAGCAACAGCAGGCGACUAGCUUAUUAACGCGCCGCAUCCAGCAGCAGGCCGGCGACAGCCAACAGCAGCGCCAGAGCCGAGACUCCGCUGGAUUCGCUGUUCCGCCACCUCGCACGACAGGUCCUAUGCCCGCACAGAAUCAGUUCUCGUCUCGGAAGCAGUCCAACGUUGGUCACUCGUGGCAAGAUAGGGAGACGCCAGCGGGAACGCCCGCUGGCAGUAGUGAUGCUGCUAGCCCCGCGGCAGACUCGUCGUCGGUGUCGUCCAAGUUCCGACCGAUCAAGCCCCGUCGUGCCGAAGCCCCUCAACCGCCUGCGCCCCCCACUCCGUCGCCCCGAACCGCAGACAAGUAUUCUGCGUCAACACAGAUGCCCGCUUCCCGGCAGACAUCGAAGGACUCUGAGACACCAUGGUCGCCCGCGCCGCACGUCGAUUUGGCGAGCUUGCCGCCGCUCCCGCCCGGACUCACCAUGGACCACUUGUCCCAGUAUGGUGACAAUGCCUUGGAGAUGGCGAUCCGGAUGGGAAUGGGCAUCGGCAUGAGUCUGGGACAGCAGCAGCAGCAGGCCCAAAGUCCGCAGGUGCAGCAGCCGCUACUUAUGUCGGGCAGCAGCGGUAAACCCGUGACUCCAAAGGCGUCAGGGCCGUCUUCUCCCGAUACGACCGGAUCACGCCAACGUUCGAACGAUGUCGUGACCGAGAUUCUCGCCGACGACUUUUUCAGCUCGCGCUCGCCACUCAGCACCAGCCCCCAGUCUGCAGGGUUGCCCUUCCUGUCGCCCGGUCUUGGAGGGCGCCGUCCCUCGGGUGAUCCUUCCGGACCCGCGAGCCCCUCUGCAUUGGAUUUGCUCGCGCCGGAGCAGAUGGCGCAGAAGGAUCCGCUAGCGACGCAAGUGUGGAAGGCCUAUGCCCGGGCCAAGUACACCCUGCCCCAUGCGUCACGGAUGGAGAACCUGACCUGGCGCAUGAUGCACUUAACCAUGAAGAAGCCCGACGACAAGAGUGACACGAAGGACAAGCAGCAAGCUCAAGGUGAUGCCCAGUUCGCCACCGCGCCCACACACCAGCAGCCCCCGCCACUGCAGCUCAGUCAAGCAUCCGAGCGCGAACCUGGCUUACCCCAGCCGCCCGGGUCCGCAGAGGAGGAGAGCGAACGUGGAAGACGAAAGGGCAAGUCGCGCGUCGUCGGAUUCAGCGCUGCGAACCGCGAUUCCAGCCUCCUGGCGUCGGGCGGCCCGGCUUCCAACGCGAGCGCGAGCAUGAACCCGUCGCCAGCCUCACUGUUACCAUUCGCACGGUCCAUGCCGAACAACUACCCGCCGUGGGCUGCGCCCGGGGCCGAGAUGGCCAUGUCGCAGCCGUUGUCGAAGGACUAUAACAUGGAGCAGUUCGCCAACGGCAAAGACCCAAAGAACACAAUUGCGUUCAGCGCCGCCAAUUCGAUUCCCGAGGUUAACGAGGACGUGCUGUCGUCGUCUGCACCCGACGUCGAGUUUGCCAGACAGCUUCACAAUCACUUGUCUGCCCAGCAGCAGCAGCAGUUGCACCAGCAGCUCUCGGACGCUGGCAGCACUGGCGAGAGCAAGGACCAGUACAUUGCGCAGUUGCCCGGCAUCUCUGGCCCCGGACUGUACCAGCCGACGCCCGACAACUUCCACCCGCAGUACGGCUUCCUUCCUCGUCGACCGGCUCGUAAGACUAGCUUCGACCACACUGUGCGCCCGAACCUCGACGGCUCUGGCACGAUCACGUCGCGCAAGCGUCCCGCCGAAGGAUCGCCGCGCGACGGCAGCCACCUCCCACUGCCGGACGGCACGAGUGCGGCGUUCCCCUCGACAGACUUUACGUUCAACUAUGACGGGUACAACAACUUCUUCGAUCUGAACAACGGUCCGCCGGAGAACGGUGGCGAGCCGUCUGGGCCGCCGCAGCUGACGACGACCGAGUGGCCCGCCACCGAGAAUAGCGAAGGCUCCGACCCCGCGGCCAACGCGUUUGACAUGUCGACGCUGUUCCCGAACACGAUCCAGCCGCAGCUUGCCGUGCAACAGAACAGCGAGGCGCCGUUCGACUUCCAGCAGCUCAUGCACAUCUACCUUGGAGAAGGCAACGCCACGCCGUUCACGCACAUCAACCCGUCCGACGUGCUCGGGUCUGUGCCCGCGUCCACCGCCGUGAGCGAGUACACGCCGGCGCAAUCUCCCCAGGCCCCGCAACAGCAGCAGCAGAACGGAGAGCACAUGCAGCAGCGCAUUAGUGGUCCGCCGCUGCGCUCGAACAGUAGCCCGAAUCUUGCCGCUCUGCGGAUGCAGCCGAUUACACCGGCCGCUCCGGCGGGCACUUCGCGGGGCCACAGCCGCCAGUCCUCCUCUGCUGCGAAAGGUGGCAAGCGAUCCGGCAAUGCGACGCCGGUCGAGGGCGACGGCGAGAACCCGACCAUGUGCACCAACUGCCAGACGACGAACACGCCGCUGUGGCGCAGGGAUCCCGAGGGCCAGCCGCUGUGCAACGCGUGCGGCCUGUUCUACAAGCUGCACGGGGUGGUCAGGCCUUUGUCGCUCAAGACGGACGUGAUCAAGAAGAGAAACCGUGCCGCACCCACGAAAGAGUCGAGCAGCGGCCGUAAAGGCCGCGGACGCAACUCCAAGGCGUCCUCACCCCAGGCCCAGCGCACCGCCGGCCCCAGCGCCGCGAUCCCGAAACGCCAGCGCCGCGCCGACGACUCGGACGACGAGGACGACGAGCCGGACAGCGGCACCGCGUCGUUGUCCAGUAGCUAUGCCGGCGGAGGCGGGAUGCUGAGUAUGACGAAGCGCAGUUAG